CUACGCACGCGCAUUUGCSGCAACCAAGAUGGCGGCCRCCAGUGAAGAUCAAGUCAAAAACUUAGAAAAACAGCUGAAAGAAGCUGUUGAAAUCACUCUUGAUCCUCUAGCAGCCUCGCAACWACGUGCUAAUGCUUACGAGUUYGUCGAGCAGUUCAAGAACGCUUCACCGCUGUGUGCAGAUGUAGGGCUUCGUCUUUUUAACAAAGAUAACUCGCCGAUUGUUCGACAUCUGGGCCUACAACUGCUGGAACACUGCGUCAAGUUCAAAUGGAACACAAUGGAAAGUCUCCAACAUGAGAGCUUAAAGUGCACAUCCCUARAAUUGAUUGUCAAUGGCACAAAACCGGUAUUGGAGGAGCCCCUUCAUAUUAAAGAGUCAUUAGCCAGAUUAGUAGUUGAAAUAAUUAAGAGAGAAUGGCCACAGAAGUGGGAAUCACUCUUACAAGAUUUAACAAUGAUCUGUAAUAUGGGGGACACCCAAAAAGAGCUAGUAUUAAUGGUGUUUCUACGACUGGCGGAGGACAGUAUCAGUAUGGACAGUCACCUACAUCAAAACAGAAAGAGAGAAAUCACUCAAUGUCUACACCUUCAUAUGGAAGAGUUUUUCUCUUUCUUUAUUGAAACAUUGAGAUCAAGUACAACUGCUAUGAUUGAUACGAAAAAUAAUCCAUCUUCUCUUAAUGGAUCAAAGGCACUAAUACACCAAAGAGUUGCAGAACAGGCGUUAAUGACGCUGCAAGGAUUCCUUGACUGGGUAAAAUUCAACAUCCUCUUCUUACAAGAUUGUAUUCUGCUUCAAAUCCUGUGCUUGCUGUUAGAUGAAGAACCACUUAAAAUUCCCGCAUGUGAAUGCUUGCUCAUUAUAGUCAGCAGAAAGGGAAAAUUUGAUCAAAAACUUGAAUAUGGUCGUCUGUUCAGUCACGAUGCCAUGCAGUUUAUGCACAAAGCUGCAGGUCAAGCAUGUAAUUCAGAGUAUGACGAGAAGGAAUACUUGUUCUUGAAGAGGUUGUGCCAGGUUCUGAUUACUUUAGGAUCAGUACAGUUAUUACAGAUGUGGAGUAAAGAAAGACCAAAAGGCAAACCAGAAACCUUCAAACAGUACCUUGAAWCCAUUCUUACCUUUACUAAACAUGGCAGCUUGGCUUUGUCUCAUUUGACCAAUGGUUUGUGGCUGACCCUCCUGAGAAAUGACAUCAUGGUUGCUGAUGAUGAUGUAAAAGCUGUUAUGCCAAUCCUACUACAAAUGGCAAAAACCAAAAUCCUGAGGGUGGAAGAUCCCAAUGCCUCUGAUAGUAUCUUUAAUAGGGAAGACUUCAAUAGCACCAAGGAAUUUCAAUCUGUAUUUACACAGGUAAGGGCUCAAGCCAUGGAUAUCAUUAGGUUAAUAGCGCUUCAGUUUCCUGUUGAAACAUUCUUCAAAGCAGCUGAAUGGUUACUAGAUAAUGUUGAUAAGACCAAAGCUGGAUUCUCUUCAGCAAAUCCUGUACAAGUAAAUGAGCUAAGAGUCCAAUGGGAAGGUUGCUGUUGUUACAUGUCAGCUGUGAUGUCUAAACUGUUCAUGGUGGACAAUGUUAAUGAAUUGCUCAAGAAGGAGUUCAUCUUCAGAGGGGUGUCGAUAAAAGUUUUGGAAUUGGCAAAAAACUGUAUUAAAUCAUUAAUCUUGGUUGAUGUGUCUGUGUGCAAUGAUCCAAGUAUCUUAACCAAUGUUGUGGACACCAUCCAGUCAUUGUUGAACUUCUUAACAUACUCUAAAGAUCUUAUCCUGGAAGUACUGAAGAAGAUCUUUUCUCUUGUAACAUACAACACCACCGGAGAAGCAAAGGGACCCUGGACUCUGGACGUCUUACACACUCRCCGCAGAGCAUGUUCUGCACUUCUUACCAUGUGCCGUAGCUAUGGCAACCUUCUUGUUCCCAUGUUUGAUGAACUGAAGCAAUACGUCAGUUCCUUAUUUGAAGGAGAGCUUGUCACAAUACAAGAUAGAACUACCCUAACUGAAGCUUUAGUCAUCGCAAGUAACUUUGUAGAAAGUACCACAAGAACUAGUUUCAUCUUGAGUCUGUUGAGCCCUCAUGAAGAUUUUCUAAUUAAUAAAAGGAAUAUUAUCUCAGUCGAAUGGUUGAUAUCCUAUCUUGGGAUGAACUUGGAUCCUGCUAACUAUGAAACAUCAGAAGAAAUUUCCAAACRGCGGUUCAAGCUAAUGUUGGCUUUYACAACAAUCCUUGCUGUCGUCAGAAGGUGUAGGCUCCUAGAAACAGCACAAACUAGCAGCAGCAGUGAAAGAUGCUCCAUUGGGUUGAUGCCUGAUGGCAGCACAUCUCAUGCCUGCAACCCUUGUAUCUCUCAUGUUCUGCCGUUUUUGCCUGGUCUGUUUAUUCUAACCCAGGCAGUUAACAAGCUUCAAGGAACUGAAUCAAAACCUCUAAUAUUCCCAGCAUACAUUGCAUCACUUGCUAUGCACGACUCAGAAAAAACUGCCAUAUUUGCGUUGCAAAAUUCAAGUGAAGGUGACAGAGCUGGUGAAGAAAACAAUGCAGUCACAAAAACCAAACGAUAUAUUUUUCACCUCACUGACUCCUGUUACACCAUCUUGGGGUUGCUAGGUGACAUGAUGGGAGCAGAGCUGUACAARCAGCCAGGACUUGCACAGUUUCUCAAUGAACACAUUAUUAAUUCUCUACAUCAUUUGCCAAACUACAGAAUGAGAGUCGUAAUUCGGCAUUUUAUCAAGGUAUUCAUCACUUGCUGUCCUGAUCAGUAUUAUAAAGACACCCUAGUUCCAGUUCUGUCAAACUUCUUUAACUUCAUGUUACAGCAUCUAGAAAAUGAAUGGCAAAAAGUCAGGUCAAGAAAAAUUGAAAGUGCUUCAGAUGUUGAGGAAGAAAAGGAUGUCUUUUCCCAAGAAGUAAUUCAAGAUCAACUAGUAUACCUUAUCACAAAARAUUAUAUGGAUGUGUUCUAUAUUGCUUGUACACUCAACAAUCAGAUGGACUCCUCGCAAACUGAAGAAGAAGCUGAGCCAAUGAGAGACGAAGAGGAGCAGGAAGCAGAAUCUUCAAAGAAAACCCAAGCUACAACAGAAGCAAAACUUGGUCCUCUUGGAGAAAUCCUGAUGCAAACGGCGAGUGUAAACAUGCAACUCCUGAGUACAGUAUUUGGCAGUAUGACAUGGCUGGACUCUACGGCAUGCAACAAAGCUGCAAAACUCACUAUUCCUUUCAUUACAAAGGCACUGGCACUGGCACAGUCAAUGGGCUCCAGCAUCUCAUCUAGUGUCAUAGAAACACUAUACUUACAGAUAUUGAAGGGUAUCCAGGUACAUGGUGAACUGGCACAAAGUGUUCUCAUGAGGAUCGGCAUUGUUCUCUAUGAGAUGCUGAAACCACAGUAUCCCAGUCUGAGGGAGGUUUUGCUUCAGGCUACAAGUUGUUCAAUGGCUGACUUUGAGGCAUUUGAGAAUGUCUGUUUUGGAGAAAAGCCAAGAUCAGAAAAAUCCAAGAAAGACCACUUUAAAAAGCUUGUAGAAAACAUAAUAGGGAAACACUUAGGAGAAAUGUUCAAAGAUGAGAUUAAGAUCAAGGACUUACCAGCAUUACAGUUACCUUCCAAAUCAAGAGAGUCGUCGCAGGAUGAUGGAGACUUGGGGCUUGCUGACCUCUUUGACCCCAGGAAAGCUACACAGCUUAUAUGAUUUUUUAGAUAAUUGCCAUCAGAUGGGAUUUACAAGUUAGUCAUCAUUCGAUUGAUUGCCAUGUGUGAUAAUCAUUGUCAAAAGCAUGAGAGCGAGACAACUUUGGACAAAAGGCUUCAUUUUAUAUGAGGAAGUAGAAAACAAAUGAUUUUUAU